AUGGAAAAGCAGCGGCAACAGCUGCUGCAGACCAGCAGCCAGCCGGGUGCAGCGGCGGAUGCCCAGUCUACAGCUCCCACCUCCUCCGGCGUCACCUCGGCGUGGGAUCAGAAGCAGCUCUCUGCCGAUGACAAUAUCCGUCUUGUCUUUCUCUUCACCCUCGCGGUCCCGACCUUCGCGUUUUGGUACUGCAACCUGCGCACGAUGGAGCCGAGAGCACUGCUGUGGAUUUAUCGGCACUGCCGAGGCACCGACGGGACGGCUGCCGUGGACGUAAACAGUCAGACGCUUUUGCCGGUUCCCCUUGCUGAACUGAUGCUCGGCUUUGGCUGCGUCGCACUCGUGGGGUACGCUCGCUUUGUCUACCUCGAUCACCGGGAUAAGGAUGUGAGCCUGAAACGGCACAACAAGCGGUGGAUUGACCGCGCGAUCAACUGGUUCAAGUUUUGCGUGUACCGGCGGUACGUCGACUGCCAGUGCCGCUUGUGGAAGCGCUACUUCUCCCUGCAGCUGGUGCCGGCAUAUGGCCCACUGCCGCUGUUCCUGUUCCCAGAUGAGGCGGGGGCCGGUGAGCGAGGCCAGUCUGCGGAGAGCGGCCACACCUCUACGCGCGCGUUUGGUGUGGUGUCAACCACCCGCGACAACCCGUUCGUUAUUUCCGCCGCGACCGCCUCGACAUAUGACGUACCGGCCCCGACGGACACGCCGUUCACGGCAGUGACCUCCUUAGAGCGCCACGAAGCGCCACUCAGCCUUGAGAGCCAGACGCCGGUCAGCACCGGCGGGACCGCGCUGGGUAGCGCAUCGGCAACAACGCCGCACAAGUGUGGCGAUGACGAUAGCGGCGAUGACUGGGACGAAGAGGAGCGCAAGCUCCUGCGGCGGCGCCACCGCGGUGCCUCCGCUACCCCGACGAGGCCGCCGUCGAAACAGCGUUGUGACGCGCGCGGCCAGCCCGGCGAUCUGCACGCGCGUCAGCCCUCUGUCUCGCUCUCCUCCUCGAAGGUGCUGCAGGAGUGCUCCCAGCUGCCACCACCACCAAAGCCGCCGGCAAUGCGACGCGCUCACUACUUCUUCGCUGCCCACCCGCACGGCAUCCUUCCCUGGUGCUGCUGCGUGAACAUGAUCAGCAACGUCACGCACCGCGACGAGAAGCUCUUUCUAGACAACCGCGGCACGAUACUCCAUCCUCGCGACGCAUCGAACACCUCGGUGCUCUCGGAGCUGGGGCAACAGUCGUCGUCGUCGCUGCCACGCGCAGCCAACACCUUCACAACGAGUAGCACCCGUGCCAUCUUCCCCAUCUCCGGCCUAACAACUCUGGGCCCCUCUGCGUCGCCGACCACCGUCGCCGCGGAAGGUUUGACCGGUGCUGACUCGGCAGGUAGUGGUGUGGCGUACGCGAAAGGGCGCUACUAUGUCUACGACCCCUUCUUCAAGAAAUUUGUGCUGCGGCGCGAUAAGGACGAGGCGGUUCCAGCGACGCCCGCGGAUGCGGAGGUGUACCGCCGGCGCCUUCGCACCGCGCAGGCGAGGCGUGAUGCCGCUGCCCUAAAGAAAGAAGCCGGGGUCGGUGCAGCCGCGACACGCCACAGCGCUUCGCGCCGCCAGGUCAAGAUUCGCAUACGCGCCGUGGUCGCCACCUUCCCCUUCUAUGUCCCCCUCAUGCGCGAAGUCUACAUGUUUCACGGCUACAUGGACGCCUCCUACGAGACAUGUAAGCGUGUGCUGCUGUACAACAACAGCACUCGGCGAGAGCGAGAGGGCUUACCCCCGAUCUCGCCGGCCUCCUCUCGGCAAGCCGAGUUCGCCACGGGCGCGAGAGAUUGCGGCAUCGGCGACGGCGAUGCCAGCGAUGACGGGUAUGAUGAGAGCGCCUAUUCUGAUGACCUCAACCACCUGCUGCUGUUCCCGGGCGGCGCUUCCGAGGCUCUUCUAUCCUCGGCCCACGGUCCUGCUCGUCUGCUGCUGCGACGCCGCAAAGGCUUCCUUCGCUUGGCAAUCCACACACAGAGUGGGCUCGUGCCCGUGUACACCUUUGGGGAGACAGACUACUUUGAGCAGCGCAGCUCUGCCACCACGCAGCACGUGACCCCAGUUGACGACGACGAGGGCUCGAUGUACAUGUCGCGGCAGGGGUCGGAGGCAGACGCCCUCUUGAGACCAGACUCCGCGGGCGGCGACGGAGAGGCACCUCAGACGGCGCCCGAUGUGUCACUGCUGUCGCAAGAGGAGCAGCAGAUGCACCGUCACCCACCCGAGAACGGCCCGAACGCAGGACAACACGGCGAUGGCACCUCCGCUUUGGGCCCAACUGACCGCCGCGGUGAUAACAUCUCAUCCACAGGCACCAGGCCACGGAACACCGUGCGCCCUCCCUGUCAGCUACCCCCUACUGGCUCCACACUCACGUCCCCAACGCUGUCGCCCAUCGCCUCAGCACUGCUGCAUCCGGCCGCAGCGCUCGGCACGGCGUACCAACACGAAUCAUGGAAGGACCGGGAGAGGAGACUCCUGAGGGAGGAGGGCGAGGCGCGGGGCCGAAGCGGGCGGUCGCCGACACCGCUGCACGUGCAGGCGUUAUCCUUGGAAAAGAGGCACGAAAGCGGCGAUAGCGCGGCCUCGCUGAGGGAGCUAGAGGCGGCACCGAUGACGAGCCUCGAGACAAGUUUGUCAGCAAAGUCGCAGGGCGGCCUCCCUUCUGUUUCUGAUCAGGUAGCCCAGAAACACGCAGCAAAGACGGAGGGCAAGGUGGCAGCGGCCUCCUCGCCCCCCACCGUCAGCCGCCUCUCGCGCUUUAUAGAGGUUGUGCAGCGCCUCUUCCAGGAUACGUUCGGUCUCUCGCUGCCCAUCAUCAAGAACAUCAUCCCGCACCGCGUCACGGGUGCGACAGUCGUGGGCCGGCCCAUCUACUUCGAGCUGCCGCCCGAGCUGCAGCGCAUGUACACCGACCCUGCGAAUUACUUCGAAAAGGAGAAGGAUCAGGAGGUGCUGCGGGCUGCGCAGGAGGUGUACUUUCAUGAACUUCAAGAGCUCUUUCUGAAGUACGCGCCACAGUACUUGAAGGAUCCCGGUCGGCGCAAGCUCGAGAUCAUCUAG